AUGGCUGAAAUGUUGAUUGUACAGGCUGAAGUUAUUCUGUUAGAGUUGAGAUGGCAACCAGAGCAUGAGUUGCAGUUGAUUGGUGGAAGUGAAAAUACUUACUGUGCGAUUAAAAAUUUAGGUUUGGAUGUUAGA